CCGGAAGUAAAAGUUGCCCGGUGAAAGUGACAUGCACUUAUCCCCAGUGGCCAACUAGAAUAUGAAGACCUUGGACUAUGAAAAUCAAAUAUUUGCUGACGCGUUCCAAAACGAUGGUCUCUUGAUUACUGCAAGGGGGCUUGGUAUACAGAGGGUGUUCACAAGCUUCUUGAAGGUGUACUCGGACCCUGGUAGUCUCGUUCUUGUUCUCAAUACAACAACUCAUGAACAGGAGUACUUCAUAGAGCAACUGGCCAAUGAUGGGGUCCUCCCUCUACCUAAGAUUGUCACUAAUGAGCUGGCUGCCACUAAACGUCAUUCUAUAUACAUGGAAGGAGGUGUCCUUUUUGUUACCUCAAGAAUUCUUGUCGUGGAUAUGCUCACAGACCGUGUCCCCAUGGAUCUUGUUUCGGGAAUUCUUGUGUAUAAAGCACACAAAAUCUUAGAAUCCUGCCAGGAAGCGUUCAUCCUAAGGCUUUAUAGGCAGAAAAACAAGCAAGGUUUCAUCAAGGCAUUCUCUGAGAGUCCUCAAUCUUUCACAGCAGGCUUCUGCCAUGUGGCACGUGUCAUGAAGAAUCUGUUUGUUCGGAAACUAUACCUUUGGCCCAGAUUCCAGAUUGACGUCGCAAAGUGCUUAGAAAAACAUAAGCCAGAGGUGAUAGAGAUCCACCUUCAUAUGACAUCACUGAUGACAGCAUGUCAGAUAGCAAUACUAGAUCUGAUCAAGGCAUGUGUGCAGGAAGUGCAGAGGUGUAACCCUUCACUGGAUACAGAUGAGGUAACUGUAGAAUAUGUAAUAACAAGGGACUUUGAUAAAGUCAUACGUCUCCAGUUAGAUCCCUUCUGGCAUGUACUGAGCAGUAAAACCAAACAACUUAUAUCUGAUAUCAAGACACUAAGACUUAUCCUCAUUCACCUGACGCAGUAUGAUUGCGUUAACUUCUAUAAUCUAGUCAACUCUAUCAGAUCCAAUGAGAAAACAUUUGGUAACAACUCAGGGUGGCUCUUUCUAGAUGCUGCUGAUAGCCUCUUUCUGUAUGCAAGACAAAGAGUAUUCGGAACUGACAACAAAACCAAAAAGCCUAAGACUGACUCAGCAGCUACUAAACAGGACAAAGGAGACGCUACACCAGCUGAGCCUCUCCUUGAGGCCUGUCCAAAGUGGGAAGCCCUGUCCAGCAUUCUGGAGGAGAUUGUGGAUGAGAACAAGGCCAUGGAAGACACUGCUCUGGGACCAGGAAAGGUAUUGGUCUGUGCUGAGGAUGAUCGCACCUGUAAUCAACUAAAAGAGUACUUAUGUGAUGGUGGUGACGCUAUGCUGAGACGCCUUUACAACAGAUCUAUAGGCACCAAACAAGGCAAGCUCAUAAAUGAAAAUAAAGCCAAAGGUAAAGCUAGAGCAAAGACUUUCCCAGAGGAGAAUCUCACACUAACACAGAUGCUUCCCCAGGAGAAAAGGAAAGAGGAACCUGAAGUGCCAGGUAGAUCUGCGGAUGCUUACUAUGAUAUAGUUGACUCCCCUGUCACCAUACUGCACCCCCUCCACUCUACCAGUGACCCCAAUGGCCUUGUCCGUACCCUGGAGGAUGUUCAACCGAGAUACGUGAUAUUGUAUGAUGCUGAUAUGGUCUUUGUGAGACAGUUAGAGGUGUUCAAGGCAUCACGACCAGGUGUCCCAUUACGGGUAUACUUCAUGAUGUAUGUGGGCUCAACAGAGGAGCAAAGAUACCUUACAACCCUUAGGAAAGAGAAGGAAGCCUUUGAGUACCUUAUCAAAGAAAAAUCUGGUAUGGUAAUAGCUGAAAACGCUGAUGGAAAACUAGAAACUGAUCCAGAGGAAAAUGCAGAAUCUGCAGAGAAAUCUAGUAGAAAAGGAGGCAAGGCCAAACCAACUGAGCCUCAAAAAAUAAUUGUGGAUAUGAGAGAGUUUCGUAGUGAACUGCCAUCAUUGAUUCAUAGACGUGGUAUCGAGAUCGAACCAGUUACAGUUGAAGUUGGAGACUAUAUCCUGACACCUGAUAUUUGUGUUGAAAGGAAAAGUGUCAGUGAUUUGAUUGGUUCAUUGAAUAAUGGCCGACUGUACAACCAGUGUAUUGCGAUGACGAGAUAUUACAAAAAGCCUGUGUUGCUCAUUGAGUUUGAUGCAACAAAAUCUUUUGCUCUGCAGAGCAAGUAUGCAUUGUCCAGUGAGAUCUCAGUGCAAGAUAUAACAUCUAAAUUGACCCUGCUGACCCUCCACUUUCCUAAGUUACGUAUACUAUGGUGCCAAUCUCCUUACGCUACAGCAGAACUGUUUGAACAGUUAAAAAGAGGCAGACCCCAGCCCGAUGCUGUCAGGGCAAUGGAGAUUGCUACUGCCAGUGAUAUUGACACAGGAUCUUACAACCAUGGACCUCAGGAUAUGCUUUUAAAGAUGCCUGGUGUGAACUCUAAAAAUGUACGCUACAUUUUAACAAAAGUGGAAAGUAUAGAAGACUUAACUAACAAAUCCCAAGAUGAAAUCGCAGAAAUCUUAGGCAACAAAUUAAAUGCUAAACAACUCUGGGAAUUCUUGCAUACAGAACAUAAACCUGAGUCCAAUGAAGUGAAUCAAAAACUUCAAGUGAAAAGCAAGACUUAUAAAUUCAAAAGUACAAAUAAAUGGAAAAAAUAGUACAUAAACUGCAAUUUAAAUUUCCAAUUCGACUAAUUAUAUGGAGCACAAGACACAAUGAACAUAAGGAUCAAUUCCAAUAGGCUAUUUCAAUACCAAAUAUUUAUGCAAAAAUCCAAGGACCAUCAGUCCUAUGUUAUUCCAUAGAUGAGUCAAUGGUCACACAUUAUUGUCUUUGGUUGACUUUGAUCU